CCCCUUAAAUAUAUUCCUUAUCUUUAAUUUCCUCUCUCUAUUUUUGCAACAAGAUAAACCCCUAGUUAUACUUCAAUUUUUCAAUGGAUACAUCCCAUGUACAAGCUUAUGUAAGCUUCAGCUGUGAGCUGAAAAUAAUACAAGCCCGAAACGUCGAAUUCAUCAAGUCCACCAAAAACCUGUUUGCAAGGUUUUAUCUUCCAAUAGGGAACAACAAAAGAAUCAAACUCAACAGCAAAAACGUAUCUACCAAAUUAGUACCCUUUUGGGAUGAGUCUUUCAAUCUAGAUUGUUCUUGUCCUCAAGAGUUUCUGGAAAACCUUAAUCAACAAAGCCUAGUGUUGGAACUAAGACAAAGGAAGAUGUUUGGCUCACAACUUAUUGGAAAAGGUGAGAUUCCAUGGAAGGUGAUUCUUGAAUCACAAAACAUGGAGUUAAAAAAAUGGUUGAAAAUGGAUUUGGUGAGUGGAAGUGAUUGCAAAGAGGUCAUGUUGACAACACCAGAAGUGGAAGUAGAGAUUAAAGUAAAAGUGUCUUCGGUUGCUGAGAUGGAGAAGCAAAAUAACAAGAAGUUUAAUAAUUGGAAUGAGUGUGGAUGUAAAAAUGGGCAUGAUCAUAAUGCUUGGUGCAAUGCAGAAGACUGUGAUAUCUUUGCGCUUGGUGCAGCCUUGGAAGCUUUUUGAUUUUGAUGCAAGAUUAUGCUAUUAACAUAUAAACUAACAUCAACUGAUUCAUGUAUCAUUGUAUUGAAUAGAUUUUUUUGACAAAAUUAUAAUAGAGUGAUUCUAUAUAAUUAGAGUUUCCUUCUUUCUUUUUUUUCCGCCAACUAUCAAAUGACUUAGCAAAUGCAUUAUCUUUUAACUUUAUUGAUUGGUAUAUUGUAUAUUUAGUUUAAGGC